CGCCUGACAAAAAGUCUUUGAUUCGCAUCUGCCCUUUUUUCCUCAGAAAAAAAAUAAACAAAACAUUACACCAGCCAGUUACGCAGUUUCGUCAGUUAAGGUAGCAGGAGGCACAUGUCCUGUAUAUUUCAGUCGGACAGAAUUGAAUUAAUCAAAUCUGAUAAUGUCCAGCGGGACCAUGAAGUUAAAUAUCAAAAUCUGUGACGAAUCACUGGCGAUGAAAACAUUACCGGCACAAAUACCGGGUAAGGUUAGGGUGCGCUCGGUAAGUUUGGCCGUGCUGAAGUCGGCGGGGGCGGUGGUGCGUCCCCGUUCGUUUUCAUCGAUCGUUUUUCCCCACAAAAAGCUAUUUCCGCAGACCACAGAUCUGCUCAUUAAUUCAACGAUCCCCAGCUCUGCUAACAGUGUAGGUGAAGGAAUAGCUUCUUCGCUGGGAGUCUGUUCGCGCGACAGGCAACCUCCGGAAGACGGAACGAACACAGGGCCGCACGUCGGCGACGUCACCGGCGGAGAGGAGCAGCAGUACCCAUGGCUGUACGACGACGCGACCCGCUACAUGGAAUGCUUGGACGAGUUCCAGCGUUUCUCCGACGAGUGGGAAGGGGUGGAGGGCUGGAUUAAGGAGCAUCUCGUCGAGCUGAUCGAGGCUCAGGACCAGCGGGCCUUCCAUGAUGCAGCUCUUGUGACGCCGGCAACGAUAGACUGUGUCCUACCAGGUCCGCUGCAGGAGGACGAUCAGGUUUACUGGAUGCUUGGAGUUGGUAGUGGAUCAGGUGAAGUAGAUCUAGCCAUUCUCCGUGCGCUGUUGCCCCAUCAUCUACGCGUCUCUACCACGGUGAUCGAGCCGGACCCGUCUCAGAUCGGUCUGUACCGCGAGCUCAUGGCAGACAGCGAGUUAAGCGGAGCGACCUUCGAGUUUCACCAGCAAACCUCUUCGGAGUUCAUGAUGGAAAACUCUGGAAACAAUAAGACCUUUGACUUGAUCCACAUGGUACAUGUCCUGUACCACAUUGAAAAGCGGGACUUGGAGGAAACCCUCUCGCAUUACUAUAAAAGUCUGAGUCCAGGAGGAAUGAUGAUCAUCGCUUAUGAAUCAGAUAAAAGCAGUCUUGCAAGGAUUCGCAAAGUGCUCCAGCCGUUCAAACGGGGAACGCCCCCGUACAUGUCCAUCGGCGACAUCGAGAAGGCCCUGUUGAAGGUGACACCCACCUUCCAGCGAACUAACAUCCCGGGGACACUGGAAGUCACCGCCUGCCUGACGGGAGACUCCUCCGCCAGCGGGGAACGCCUUUGGGACUUCAUCACCCGCGUGGUGAACUUCCGUGCUAACGCGCCAAAGGAAUCAGUGCGACGGGCCGCCGAGAUGCUACGCGAGUUCUCAUGGCAGCUGGACGGCAGCGAUAGAUUUCUUACCAACUGUGACACGGCUGUCCUGGUGGUUGCAAAACGAGACGUUCCGCCAACAGAAUGUCAGUGAAAAGGUUUCACAUCUAAAUGAUUUACGCCGGCGUAAAAUAGCCAAUAAUUUCUGAUGGGUCACACAGUCCGACAAUACGAUUAUGUAAAUUAUGAGUCCUCCGCGCCUUCUGCAAAUUACUUCGUUAGCGCUUAGUGGCCAGGCGAUUAAAGAGAGAAGACCUUAUUACCGUGCAAGUUUUUAUCAGAACAGUCUUGAAAGACCUUUAAAAUAAUACCAAAUUCACACAACAGUGAAUAUAUAAUGUUGUGGAAAUGUAAGCAGUUAAUUUUGGUGGUCUCCGUUAAUAAUAGCCGACAAACUAAAGCACUUGUGUUUAUAAGUACACCAUCGACGAUCAAAUAAUUUAUUCAAUUUUCUGGAUUUAUACCUACUAAACUGUAAGUACACAUUCUAUUAAAUCUGUCUCAUAUAAUGCACAAUUUCACGUACACAAUCUGUUUCCCACUAUUCACAACAUGUACAAAAUAAUGAAAAAGAAAAAAAGCUCACGACAGGAUGUAACACUUUUGGCAUACCAAACACUAAAGCAACUUUAAAAUUUGUCCACUCGGUGCUGACUCCUUCCAAAAUCUAUAACACUCGGCUUGUUUACGAAGGACAAAUGGUGAAGCAAGCCAAAAGCUCUGAGCCCGGCAUGCAAGCAGUUGGCUAUCCUCAAGCAAUCUUAUUUCUACAUCAUCGAGGACGAUCUACAAGCCAAACUCUUAAGAGGGCCAUUUAGGCAGACUCUUGUGCUGAGCCUGAUGAGAGAGUCCUUAAAAUAUAUCUUAUCAUGGCCUAAACAUUUUCCACAAAAAGCCUGAAAUCAGCAUCUUGCAUUAAAACCAAAAAUCUCUUGACUGAA